CCACAAAACUGCAUCAAAGAUAAUGGUGUUUUGGGGGACAUAUGCAUCCAAACUGGCACAGCCACAUAGGAGCUGAGAGAAAAAAGCUAAGACAGAAGCCCAGAGACAUUUUGGAGACAGCAACAGAAAUGAGAAACUAACCUCAGGAACGGCCCAGCAGACUCUGGCCCUGUGCCUUACCAUGUGACAAAGGAUCCCCAGAUGCAAUCGGCCUUGCUUCAGAGAAGGUAUCAUCCCACUGAUGCUGUAACUGGGACAUUUUCAUAGCCUUUAAACUGCAAAUUUGUGAACUAAUAAGUCCCCAUUGUAAAAGAUAGUCCAUUUCUGAUAUUUUGCAUUUUGGCAGCUUUAGCAAACCAGAACACCAGGUCAUACAUAUUGUACUCAGAUCUGUCCCAUUUCUCUCCGAACUGCCUAUGACAUCACAGCUCAACAUCCUACUUGUUUCACUCUCCAGGGUCCAGGGGCCUAGCAUGCUCAUUUCCUCCCUAAAUCUUUUGACUCUCAAAAAUAUUCCUAGCAUUUUUAUAGUUUGCCAGGUAUUUUCACAUAUCUUCAUUGAAUUCUCACCAUUGCUCUGUGAGGUGACAGGGACUCAGCCAUCCAUUUAUUCAACAAGCACUAAUCAAGGGCUCGGUGCCAUGUCAGGCCCUGGAGAGACAAAGAUGACAAACCCAUACUGCCUAUACUCUGGAGCUCACAGACCCCAGAGGGACAAGACAGUGUACAUGCUAUUAUGAUUCAAUACAGUAGGUGCCAUGAUUGGAGAGCACCAUGUAUGUGUUCAGAGAGCCUGGAGGCAGCCCUUUGUGGCUCAGCAGGACCAGAGGGGUUUCCUGAGGAAGAUUGUGGUCCUCAGUCCUGAUCAGUAGGGGCAGAGCAGACAAAGAAGGAGGCCAAAGGAAUGGCAGACAAGGAGAGCAGGACAUUCAAAUUAUGGGUAGCUGAGUAUGGCUUGAGGUAGAGUGUAAAGUGGGGGGUGGAAGGUAGGCAGGAAAUGACUCAAGAGACAAACUCAGGAGCCAGAUCACAGAGAAGUAUAUUUUGAAGAGUUUGGAUUUUACCCUAAGAGAAACACGCAGUCACUGAAGGGUUCUAAGUAAGAGGAUCAUUACAUGGCUUCCACUUUAGAAAGAGUGAUCAGGCAGUGGGAGGAUGGACUGGAGGGGCUAACACAGGAAGAUAUUGAGGCGGUCCAGGAGAGAGAUGAUGAGAUUUCUAUUGGGGGGCUUUGGCAACCAGGAUUGGGAGUAGGGAUGGAUUCAAAAGAUAUUUAAGAGGCGGAACUUCCCAGAAUACUAGAUAAAAGGUGGAGGAACAGCUGCUGCCCGAGCUGCACACAGCGACAUGCUCCUUCCUGCUCCCCAUCACUGGCCUUGGCCAGCUCACUGGCUGUAGAAAAUGGUAAAAGAAAUCACUAUGAUGUUUUGGGGGUCAAACCCAAUGCCACCCAGGAAGAGUUGAAAAAGGCUAAUUAGUCUUGAAAUACCACCCUGAUAAGAAUCAAAAUGAAGGAGAGAAGUUUAAACAGAUUUCUCAAGCUUAUGAAGUGCUCUCCUCACAAAAGAAUUAUAUGACAAAGGAGGAGAGCAGGCUGUGAAAGAGGGUGGAGCAGGUGGGCAUUUUGGCUCCCCCACGGACAUCUUUGCUAGGUUUUUUGGAGGUGGUGGAAGGAUGCAGAGAGAUGGAGAGGUACAAAUGUUGUACAUCAGCUCUCAGUAACCUUAGAAGAUUUAUAUAAUGGUGCAACAAGAAAACUAGCUCUGCAAAAGAAUGUGAUUUGUGACAAAUGUGAAGACCCGGGUGAUAAGAAAGGAGCAGUAAAGUGCUGUCCCAAUUGCAGAGGUACUGGAAUGCAAAUAAGAAUUCAUCAGAUAGGACUGGAAUGGUUCAGAAAAUUCAGUCUUUGUGCAUGAAGUGCCAAGGCCAUGGGGAACAGAUCAGUCCUAAAGAGAGAUGUAAAAGUUGCAAUGGAAGGAAGAUAGUUCAAGAGAAGAAGAUUCUAGAGGUUCAUAUUGACAAAGGCAUGAAAGAUGGCCAAAAGAUAACAUUCCAUGGUGAAGGAGACCAAGAGCCAGGACUGGAGCCAGGAGAUAUCAUCAUUGUUUUAGAUCAGAAGUAUCAUGCCAUUUUUGCUCCACUAGAAGACCUUUUCAUGUGUAUGGACAUACAGCUGGUUGAAGUAUUGUGUGGCUUCCAAAAGUCAAUGUCCACUCUUGCCAACCAAACCAUAGUUGUCACCUCUCAUCCAGGUCAGACUGUCAAGCAUGAAGUCAUCAAGUGUGUGCUGAAUGAAGGCAUGACAAUUUAUUAAAGGCCAUAUGAAUAGGGUUGCCUAAUGUAUUAGUUAGAUGGAAGG